GAUUUCCUCGAGCCAAUCAAUGGCUUGGGUUGCCGGGGCAGUCCAAGGUGUAUGGCCCCCUUUUUCAGUUUCUAGGAUGGGUUUCUCCGAGAAGCUGCUCUCACACAGCUUUCCGAAGAAGCCGCAUGUGAAUUUUUGUUAGGCUUCCAAAUUAGUUAGCCUAACCUAAUUUGGAAACCUAGCAAAAAAUUUAGUCCGGCUUCUCUUCUCCCGAAAACCGGGGAAGAGCAGCUUCUCCGAAAAGCCCAUCCUGAAAGUCGAAAAGAAGGGGCCUGUACUACUCCGCAUAAAUGCCUUCUUUCUUGUGCAAAGUCUGCAGCUCUGCGAGCUACUGGACUUGAAGCUGUGAGCACCGAAUUGCUGCCGAUGAAGAUGACCGCCACCUUCGCGACUAAGAUCCAUGAAGAUCCCGAUCCCGUGGACGCCGCCAACAAGCCCGACGGCAGCGGCGCCGUGCUCCGGCCGUUUCGGGUAUGCCAUCUCACCGUUCUCGCCACAGCCUUCUGCGCACUGGUCUUCUACGCGCACUACGCCAUACGGGGGAACAUGGCGUCCGCCUUGUUCAAGCCGCCCGUCACCAUAUCAUCAUCGUCCCUUCCCUUGCUGUCAAGCACCAGCACCAUCGACCCAAGCCUUCAACCCGAGAAGCCGGCGACCAACCGUAGCGCGGCGGCGCCGGCAUCGGAAUCGGACCACUGCGACGGGCGGUACAUCUACAUGUACGACAUGCCGCCGCGCUUCAACGACGACCUAGUCCGUCACUGCGGCAAGGGCGAACUACAUCCGUGGCUGGACAUGUGCCCGUACGUUGCCAACGACGGCAUGGGCGAGCCGCUGGGCGACGAAGGGGGCGUCUUCCCCGGCCACGGCUGGUACGCCACCGACCAGUUCACUCUCGAUCUCAUCUUCCACAGCCGGAUGAAGCGCAGCUACGAGUGCCUGACCAACGACACCACCCUCGCCGCAGCCGUCUUCGUCCCAUUCUACGCCGGCCUCGACGCCGGGAGGUUCCUCUACAACCACAGCACCUCCAUUCGAGACAAGCUCCAGCUGGAAUUCAUAGACUGGCUGGUGAAUCGGCCCGAGUGGCGCGCCAUGGGUGGCCGCGACCACUUCCUGGUGGCCGGCCGGACAACAUGGGACUUCCGGCGGGAGGCGGAUGUCGACGCGCUGUGGGGCACCAAGCUGCUCACCCACCCUGCCGUCAAGAACAUGACGGCCUUCGUGCUCGAGAAAUCCCCGUCGAGCCGUAACAAUUUCGCGAUCCCCUACCCAACCUACUUCCACCCGGAGGCCGCCGCCGACGUGGUCGCCUGGCAGCAGAAGGUGCGCGAGAUUCCUCGCCGCUGGCUCUUCUCCUUCGCCGGCGCCCCGCGCCCGGGAAGCAACAAGACCGUCCGUGCCGAGCUCAUCCGGCAGUGCGGCGCGUCGAGCCUCUGCAAUCUCUUCCACUGCGGCGGCAAAGACGGCGACGGCGCGGCCGACUGCAACUCGCCAGGCGGCGUGAUGCGCGUGUUCGAGGGCUCGGAUUUCUGCCUGCAGCCGCGCGGGGACACUGCGACGCGGCGGUCGACGUUCGACGCCUUGCUCGCCGGCUGCGUCCCGGUCUUCUUCCACCGCGACUCGGCCUACACCCAGUACGCGCUGCACUUCCCGAGGGACCACGCGAGGUACUCCGUGCUCAUCCCGCACGCUGGCGUGGCCGCGGGGAGGGUGAGCAUCGAGGAGAGGUUGGGAAGGAUUCCGGCGGAGGAGGUGAGGAGGAUGCGGGAGGCCGUGAUCCGGCUCAUCCCGAGGGUGGUGUACGCGGACCCCAGGGCGGGGCGCGCGGGGUUCAAUGAUGCUUUCGAUGUCGCCGUGGAGGCCAUCAUCGAUCGGGUCGCGAAGCGGCGGUGCGGCGAGGACGAGGUGACGGCCGGAACCACGGAGUAGUUGCAAUUGUUGCCGUCGGCAGGUCCGCGCCCUGCUGGGCCGGGCCGAAUCCAGUCAAACAACUGUUCCUGGAUGUGCGCGCGAGUGGAGCGGCUUUUCUGGUUUCGCCGCUCGAGUUCCGGAUCUGUACCGCGUGUGUUCCCGAAAACAAGAGUCGACCGUGUGCGUGUCGAGCAUACGGCAAAUAGGAUGUGCAUACAUGUGCACCGUGGGAUCCCUGGAAAGCGUGAAUUGUGAGAUUCCAGGUAAAAAUGAUGCGUAUGUAUUGUGAAAAAGAACAGAGGUCUCUGACACAAUACUCGUACGGAAUACUCCCACCCUUUCAUACUAAGGCCGUACAAUGAUUGA